AUGGUAGUAGUAAGAGCAUGGUAUGGUAAGAAAUAUAGAUUAAAGGAGAUAACAUGGAAUGAAUCCGAGCGUGCUAGAACAAGAGCUACAUGGAUGAACACUUUGAGGAAUGAUAGGAUAUGUCGAGAGAAAUUACGUCUCGAUAUACGUUGUUUUGAGAAGCUAUGUCAUGUAUUACAAACUAAAGGUUUCGCAUCGGAUCCUCCUGUCCUUCGGGAUGCUCUUCGUAGGCCUAAUGGUCUUAAAGUGCCUAAAAAUAAGUAUCUUCUUGUUGAUUUAGGAUAUUCUAAUGCCGAAGGUUUCCUAGCUCCUUACAAAGGUACUAGAUACCAUUUAAAUUUGUGGAGAGGAAACACUCCUACAAAUGAAAAGGAGCUUUUUAACUUGCGACACUCAUCUGCUCGAAAUACCAUUGAAAGGGCAUUUGGGUGGUUAAAGAAGCGUUUGAGCAUUUUAAGAAAUUCUAGCUUUUUUCCAAAAAAAAUUCAAGUAAGAAUUAUCAAUGCUUGCUUAAUCCUACAUAAUUUUCUAAGGGAAGAAAACAUGGAGGAAACGAGUCUUAUGCAAGAGGUGGACCAUGACUUGAUAAAUAUGGAAGCAAUAGAUGAGGAAGAGGUAGAAGAAGACUACAUUUUAUCCGCCCGAACAACAAAUGAGUGGAACAAAUUUAGAGAUGACCUUGCUUAGAAAAUGUUUCAAGAAUAUAUGGCACGAAGGGGUCAAGCUACAUAGGUUUUAGUUGUAAUUAGACAUUUGUGUAUUAUUUAUGGUUUGUCAUAAAACUAUUUAUUAUGUAAUGAGAAAUUUGUGUACUAUGUAUGGUUUGUCUUAAAACUAGUUUGCCUUUAUUCUUGUCAUAAAACGAGUUUGCCUUUCUUCUUGUCAUAAAACUAGUUUUCCUUUCUUCUUGUCAUAAAAUUUGUUUUCCUUUCUUCUUGUCAUUUUAGUUUUAGCAUUAGUACAAGUCUUGAUUUGAUUUUUUAUUUUUAUUUUCUUGUCUACAGGACCUUUAAACAUCAUACAUUAUGAGGAGACCUGGGAAAGAGCCUAUGGCACCUUCACAAUCACAAAGAAGAAACUAUACAAGUUGGAAUACACAAAUGGAUGGUUUACUCACUAAAACAUUGUUUGAGCAGAUUAA